GAUCUAAUUCUUGUUCUUGUAUCAUGGUUUGUUUGUGCAUGGAAUUUGAAACAACAUCAGGAGAGGAAAGAUUCCCCCCCGGUUUUGUUGAAGAAACUUUUGAAAGUUGAAGAAAGAUUGCGCUUUUGGAUCACCAAAAGGGUCCAAUUUUAGGGUGGGUUUGGAAAACUAAAUGAAUAGUGAAGUUGGUGGUGGAGAAGCAGAAGAAGAGAUAAGGAGAAGAAGAUCAUCACCAUCAUCAAAAGGGAUAUUAAAUUUGCAAAACUGUUGGAGUUACAUUAUGAUGGAAGGGGGUGGCGUUAUUGGCAACAAGACAACAAGAAGGAAGAUGGGAGGAAUAGUUGGUGAAGGGAGAAGAAUGGAUUUCCAGAGGACAUUAUCACAUUCACAAGGGAAAUUGGGAAGCAGCAGGAGAUUGUUGGGGGUCAGCUAUUUCAGCUUGGAGUCGCUGCUAUUGCUCCUCUGUUUGACGGCGUCGUUGCUCCUUCUCCCGUUGAUACUGCCUCCGCUGCCCCCGCCUCCCUUCAUGCUCCUUCUGCUUCCCAUUGCCAUUCUUGCCCUUCUUAUGUUCUUGGCUUUCAUGCCUUCUAAUGUCGGAGACUUAACUUAUACAUACGUGUAAGUAUUGCUUUCUUCCCUUUUUUUUCUCCAUACAAUUUUUGUAACUCACUCAAAAGUGUUCAGAAAUACCAGUAACAUGUUUCUUCUUUUUUUCUUCUUAUCAUUAAAUUAAAAUCCUUCAGAAUAA